UGGCAAUGCAUCCUCCAAGCACCCUGCACCUUCCCUUCCUCCCUCUUCUCAGACGUGCUGCUCAAUAUAAUCCGUAAUCCCAAUCUCACCUCGCCACUUCUCUUCCGGGCGGACAUCCUCUACGACAGCGAGACAGAUCAUCUUUUCGACGCGGACGGGACGUGGGGAGAGGAGAACGGAGGAGCAAAAAGAGGGGAAUGGGAGGGGUGGAAGUUGCAGAGGGUUUUGGUGAGGAUGUUGGUGCCGAGGAAUGAGAGGAGGGAUGAAGGGAUGGUGCAGAGUUGUUGGUUGUUGAGGAAAUCGGACGAGAGCGAAGAUGGUAGCGGUACGAUGGAGCAUCACUUGGUGGUGCUGGUGCCGCAUGUGGAAGCUGUGGAGGAAAUGCCCUUUUAUCAUCCUGCUGUGGAGCAGCUCGCUUUUCUGCAUUCAUGGCGGGCUGCUCCUUCUCCUCCACGAGCUCCACCUGAGCAGGAUCAGUGUGAGUUCGAGAUCGGAGACGAGCAGCCCGGAACAUUGACCCUCCUCAUCCAUCGCACCUCUCAAAUCCUCCUGUCCACAAUUCACAAACACGCCACCGGCUUGCUAACCGGCUACACCAAACGUGUCCACCACGACCGCCUCAUCCCACAAGCUCAAUACCAAAACACCUACUCGCGGCUGAAGUCAAAGUAUGGAAGGACGAUCAGCGAGCAGUGGGUAGAAGUCACGGAUCCGGGAAAACAUGUCUUUGAGGACUUGGGUAUUGCGGCGUGGUGUAUUGAGGUGUGGCGUAUGCUAUACGAGUGGCCAAAAGGAAAACCGCCCUUCCCAGGUUUCGUCGAUAUCGGCUGCGGCAACGGUCUCCUAGCCUAUAUCCUGCUCAGCGAAGGCUAUCCCGGGUGGGGUUUCGACGCGAGGGAACGUAAGACGUGGUCCAUCUUCCCUCCUGAAAUACGAGCAAAACUUCAGCAGCGGGUCUUGGUGCCGAGGACACUUCAGGGCGAGGCGCUUGGAGACGGUGUGCAGUGGCACAACGGAUUUUUUGAGCCGGGCACGUUCAUCAUUUCGAAUCAUGCGGAUGAAUUGACGGCUUGGACGCCGUUGCUGGGCUAUUUGAAUGGCAGCUCUUGGAUGGCGAUUCCGUGUUGUAGUCAUGAUUUGGGAGGGAAGAGGUUCCGAGCGCCGGCGAGGUCGAGGGGAAUGAAAAUGCCCUCCGCCUAUUCUACUCUCUGCUCCUACGUCUCCUCCCUCUCCCGCGAAGUCGGAUACACCCCCGAAGAAGACAUUUUGCGAAUACCGAGUACGCGGAACACAUGUGUUCUCGGACGAGCGAAUGUGGUGAACGGG